CCCACCCUUGUUUUUGCAGCGUCGCUGGGAGCCCCACCUUCGUUUUACAGCGCAGCCUAGCCUAGCCUCUAUAUAGCGAGGUCUUCGACAGAAGGAUCCGGGAUAAGGGGGUUAGAGGCGGCUCUGAAAGAUGGAUUUCAGGACAUGUUUCUGCAUCGUUUUGGCUUCCCUCGCGUCUGUCUUGCACGCAGCACCAGAGUUCCUCGGCGGGACCGCUCCACGGACUGCGUUUGCACUAGAGAGCUACGCCAUUAGGAGACCCGUUGCCUUCUACCCUGUCAUCGACCUUGCGAACCCCACUUUCGAAUUGGCAACCAGUCAAGUAACCUUUACUGACAGCUCCAACCAGUUCGAUGCAGAUGUAAUAAACAACGUUAUAUACGUAAACGUCUCAAACUCCCUGUUCGUUGGAGAGUGGGCUGUGUCUAUUACUCUGGCUGGAGCAGGAACUUUGCCAGUUACUAUAACCGUUUACCAGACUAAUUUCCCGCCAACGUUUUUCGUUGAUAACUAUCGUGAAGAAAUAGAUGAGACGGCAUCAGUAGGAUCAACGGUUGUCACUGUAACGGCUGUUGAUUUGGCUGCAGAGCUGGGAUCUGAUCCAUCUGAUGGAGUGUUUGUGUACGAGUUUGAUGGAGAAGAUUCCAUUUACUUCUCCAUUGAUCCAGAUUCAGGAGUCAUCACCUUGGCUCGGAGUGUUGACUAUGAUACUGGAAAUACUGAGUUUGUUUUUAAUGUAAUAGCACAAGAGACCGAAAGCACUGCCAUGCUCAGUGCCAGAACAGGGAUUCAAAUUUUUAGUGAACAACAUCAACGACAACACCCCGCAGUUCAUUGGAACCUCUUUCCACUACACAAUCCCAGAGAACUCUGGCGCGGGUCUCCGUGAGGCUGACGAUGGGACUGCCAUUAUUACUGCAACUGACGGGGACGUAGGGACAUUUGGAGAUAUCACAUACACACUAACUGGUGGAGGAACACUAUUUGACAUAGAGGUGACUAGUGCCGGUGCACAGCUGAGGACCCUGCAAGAGCUGAAUCGAGAGGGACACGCCCAUGUAUACCAUGACUCUGGAAGUCACGGACACUGGGGGUCUUAGUGAUAGUGUCACCAUCGAUGUGACCGUGGCAGAUGAGAACGAUAAUCUCCCAGUCAUCACAAACAACCCUCUGACUGCCGAUGAAUCAGUGCUUGAGUGUCAGUUGGACGGGAGGCCGCUGUCAACUGUCACAGCAGUAGAUACAGCAGACGGUGGUGCCCUUGCAGAGGUGGCUUAUGAGGUAGUGGGAGGUGAUACAAAUCAUAUCUUACUCAACGAGGAGACUGGAGAGCUUUCUCUUGGCUUUGCACCCAUCGACUAUGAAGAUCCUUUAGAACGCAGCUUCUCUCUCUCAGUGAAAGCCAUAGAUAAUCCCAACGGUCCUGUGACCAGGCAGCAAAAAUCUUUGGAGACGUUCAUACAGACUCUCACUAUUGGGGACUGCAAUGACAACCCUCCAGUGUUUGGCUCACCAACCUACGAGUACACCGUGACAGAGAACAUGAACAAUCUCGUAGGGCCUCUCAUCUCUACUACUGAUGCGGAUGCUACGGUUGCAAAUCAGGGCGUCACCUACCAGAUCACUGACCCAGACCCGGGGAACUGGUUUGACAUUGCUGCAGAUGGGACACUCUCUAUUCGCUCGGAGCAAGUUGUGGACAGAGAACACACGGGUGUCUUGACCGACAGUCAGGGAAAUGGAGUUGUCUCGUUCACCAUUGAGGCAGUCAAUGCUGGGACAUCUGGCACCCUCACUUCCGUUCAGGAUGCCCAAGUUGUGGUGACCAUCAGUGAUCAGAACGACAAUGCCCCAACAAUGGACGAAAACCCACUCACUGGGACGACGUCCAUCGUAGUUCUGGAGGAUGCUCUGGUUGGCACCAUCCUGGCGGUAGUGCGAGCGUCUGACCCUGACGUGGGAGACAAUGCUGUCAUCAUGUAUAAAAUAUCCAGUGGGAACGAUCUCGGUAAAUUCUCCCUGGACGAGACCAAUGGAGUUUUGACUCUGGCAGAGCCAAUCGACUUUGAGAUGGAGGCUCGCUCUACACCGUGACCAUCACAGCUAUAAACCCUCCCCCUGCCCCCACCCCACCAGACUCUAGUGAUGACGAUAUAGUACUCACCAUCAUGAUUGAAGGUGCAAAUGAACAUGCCCCUGAAUUUGCCAGUGAUCGGUAUGAUGUGGACAUCUCGGAGUACAACAUCCUAGCAUCGGCACAGCAACACACUGCAGGCGAAAUCAUCGCCACGGUAACAGCCACUGAUGCAGAUGCCAACGACGAAAUUGAAUAUAUCAUCACCGGUGGAAACGAAGACAAUCUCUUUGAAAUACCUAACCCCUUGUUUGGUAACAUUGUUCUGAAAGACCCAACACUGAUAGAUUUUGAGACGACCACUUCCUAUGCUCUUAUCAUCACUGCCACUGAUCUUGUUAUUCCUGAAUCUGACCGAAGAACUACUACUACAUACCUAUACAUUUCAGUGUUAGACGAAAACGACAACUUGCCAGUCUUCUCCAACGACAUGUACACUGGUCGCGUGGAUGAAGAAGCGCCCAUUGGGACCAGCAUUAUUCUGACAAUUCCAAUCUCUGUGACUGAUGCGGACUCACUGUACGGGAUGGAAACAGUCGAGUUUGAGAUAAAUACAGUUGGAUCUCCUCUCCCUUCUCCCUUCCUUGCCUUUACACUCUCUGAAGAUGGCACCAGUCUUACAACUACCAUAGCCAUUGACAGAGAGGAAGAUGAGGGCGUCUUUACCUUCCAAAUGAGAGUAGUUGAUGCGGCGGGCAAUGAAGACACUGCCAUGAUGACUGUAGACAUUUUGGACAUCAACGACAAUGCACCAAUGAUUCAGGAGCCUCAGGGUGGCUUCCUCAUCAUGGUAGCGGAGAAUAACCCCGUGAACUCGGUUCUCGUGACCAUCACAGCAGAGGACACGGAUCUCGGUGUCAAUGCCGAAGUUUUCUUCACCCUACAGGGAGGAGCAGGGUACUUUGACAUUGGUCAUGAUACUGGGGUGGUGACACAGAUAGGUUCGCUUCAGGCACUGGAGCCUCCGGUGACAUUCACACUGACAGUGAUAGCCAGGGACAGUGGAGGCCUCAGUUCCAGUCGGGAUCUGAUCGUGAACCUCACGUACUCCAACGACCAUGCACCCGUCUUUGAAUCCAGCGUGUACUCUGGCUCAGUCGCAGAAUGUGCGGAGGACGGUACACCCAUCUCUCCAGUCCUCACCUUGAGAGCCACGGACGAUGACACUGACUCUGUGGUCAGUUACUACAUCGAGUCCUCCAGCGUUGGAGACCUCUUCCAGCUGGAGAAUAUCGGACAAACUGCCACCAUUCGUAGUGCUGGGAGCAGUGUAUUUGACAGGGAAUCAAGAGACACCUACACCUUCACAGUCUAUGCAACAGAUGGGAUCAUAGGGACAGAUGAUGACUCGGCCACUGUCACCAUCUUUAUCAGCGACUGCAACGAUCAUAGCCCAAUCUUUACACAGGACAUGUAUGAAGUGGAUGUUCCUGAAGGCACGGCCAGUGGUGCCACGGUAAUCCAGGUGCACACAAACGACGCAGACAUUGGCGAAAACGAGGAGGUUCGUUUCAACGUGGAAUCGGUCAGUCCUUCCUCGUUCAGCAACGUUUUCCACGUGGAUCCACUAACAGGAGGUAUAGUGGCGAGUGUCAACAUUGACAACACAUAUACCGGGAGUAGUGCGUGCUCCACUCUGGACGACCACUCUAACAACGUGACUCUCACAAUCAAAGCUACGGACCAGGCCACCAUGCAGGACCAGUUGAGCAACUAUACCACUGUGUUCAUCAGACUACUGGACAGAAACUCAGAGGCACCCAGCUUCGUCCCGUCCAGCUUCUACAGCUUUGAAAUCUCUGAGAAUGUCGACGGUGUGGAUCUCGGGACUGUGGAGGCAGUGGACGAGUGUGAUAUGGACUCCGAUGUCACCUUCUUCUUGGUGAGCGGUCAAGACUCUGCCCCCUUCGAGAUCGACCAAGACACGGGUGUGAUUCGUGUGAUAGCGGGGCUGGAUAGAGAGGUGAACGAUUUCCUGGUGGUCCAACUGCAGGCAGUGGAUGACGGCACUGACCCAGGACCUCAAACUGGACAUGCCUCUGUCACAAUCAAUGUUCUCGAUGAGAAUGACAACGCCCCGAAGCUAGUGAGGGACACAUAUGAUAUCAGUCUACCUGAGAACAUCCCCGUCAGCACCACCCUCAUCAGCAUCGUGGCCUCGGACCCUGACCUAGAUGAGAACGGGACGAUAUCUUUCUCCAUGCAGUCUGGAGACUCAGACUUGUUCAUGCUAGAAGGUUCCCCAGCGGGGUCAGACAGCGAUCAUCUUGUCACCAAAGUGUCUCUGGAUCGCGAGAGGGUCUCAGUCCACAUUGUGACUAUUCUGGUCAGCGACGCCGGGUCACCACAGAAAAAUAGCACUGCUGUAAUGACUCUGACCCUGACUGACGUGAAUGAUAACGUACCAGUCUGGACAGCCGGUCAGGGAUCGGAAUUUGAGAUUUUUGAGAAUGUGACAAAUAGCCUGGUUGUUGAUCUGGAUGCCACGGAUCGUGACGACGGACUCAAUCAAGAGUUGGUCUAUUUCUUUGUGGGUGGGAGUCAAGAUUAUGAGUCAUUCCACAUCGACCGCAACGAUGGCACGCUGCACAUAGCACGUGACCUGGACUAUGAGACAACCCCAGAAUACACUUUGAAUAUAGUGGUUUCAGAUCGGAGAGCGGAAACAGAUGACGACGGCGUGACUCCACUCACCAAUUCCACUACCAUACACAUAAUUGUCACGGACGUCAACGACAACGAACCUUAUUUCAACAGAUGUCCACAUGGUUACGAGAUUCCGGAGACCUUUAGAGUUGGUGCAGUUGUGGGGAACAAUAUUAAAGACUCUGUCGAGGACGACGACAGCCUAGCCAUCCGGACUCCUUUCUACUACUACAUUGACAGCCCUGAAAACGUUGAAUGCUUCGGACCAUUCUGUAUUGAUUUGUACACGGGAGAGAUCACAUUGGAGUCUAAUAUCGAUUUUGAGACAACGCCUACAUACACGUUUUACGUGGUAGUCAGCGACAUGCCAAACCUUAGUCCAGAGGAAGUAUACAUUCCCCCAAGAAUAGACCUGUGUGACAAGGUUGGAACGGAGAAGAACAACAUCACGAGGGUGGACGUGGUGUUGACAGACGUGAAUGACCAGGAGCCUGUGUUUGACCCCAACUCUCUGCUAGCUGCUGUGGCUGAGGAGGCAGAGUUCGACACCACCGUCACCGUCCUUAAGGCUAUAGACAAAGAUGAAAACGAUACAUUCAGCACUGUCUACUACGAGAUAAUUGCAGUGGACCCCCCCUACCUGGUGAACCGAGAGACCGGAGAGGUGACCACAGCGGACACCUUCACAGGCCGCAGUGGCGAGACUGACAAGUUCACAGUGGUAGCCUACGACAACAGGGGGAACGAACCGAGCUUUACCUCCACUGCGAUUCUCACUGUGCGGGUGUUCAAGGAGUGUGAGCAGAUAGUGGCAGUGGCUGAUCAGACAAGAGAGGAGGCAGAGAAAUGCCGCACGCAGCUGGAGACAGGCAUUUCGAAUCAGACAGGCUACAUCAUCUACAUCACCAAGAUCCGGGUGCACCAGGACGAGGAACAAAACAUCGUGGACACCACAAAAGCCGACAUGAUAUUCUAUGCUCUUCACCUCACCACUGGUGACCUGGUGCCUCCAACAGAAGUUAUAGCAAUCAUUGAGAGAGGUCUGGACUUUGCAGGAAGACCCCAUAAAGAGUCUCCAGGACAACUGUCAGAUCAGCACCUUCAAGCAAUUCUGUGGCGAGAGUGCCGAGGCCAGUACAACCACUGAGGUGUCAACAGCCAUCGGGGUGGCGAUGGGCAUCCUGGCAGUCAUCAUCCUCUCUCUCCUCAUCUGCCUCGUCUUCGUCUGUGCUCUGGAGAGGAGAAAGGCUAGGAAGCUGAGGGUGAGGAAAAAGACACAUUUGGAUCAAUCAUCAAACUUCUCGCAGUUCUCUCAACUGGGGACCUCCAACCCCAUCUGGGUGCCUCCCUAUGAGAACUGGGAAGAAGAAUCCACAACGACAGCCAAUCAGAGUGCGGUGGACAGGGACAACCCCCUCUACGAGUCUCAGGAGCUGACGAUCGAGAUGUUCAAAGACGCAGACGAGGACGACAUGCUCUCCCUCGCAAGUAGCCGUGGCAACCUCAGCAAAGUCAAGCCUCCUCGUUCCUCCACCCCAGGGGGGCGUGACUCGGUGUAUGACGACUAUGACCCUCUGGCAGAUGCUCUGGGGAUAUCAGGGAAACCGGAAGAUUCUCAAACUUCUCUCAUCUAGUAGAGGCUUUUCGCUCGCUCGCUGCGCACACAUACCUGAACCUUCCACUUAGAGUACUAUACACGUACACAACACACGCACUGUAUAGCUGUGCAAUAUAAUAUAGCACGCUGUGUCUUUUGUCUGAUAUACAUGGUGAAGUGAUGGAGUCUGAUUGAUAGACUGGCAAGAAUGAAGAUGGUUUUGGGGUAAUUAGUGUCAGUGUGUUCGUCUGUCUCUCUUGCGAAACACGUACACCAAGUAGAGGCCAAUUACUUCCCAGAGUGCAGGGGGCAUGGUGGCCUGGGGGGAACGGAGAGAGAGAAAGAGACUAGUUGUGUUAGUUGGUUUUCUUAGCUCACUGUCUGCCGGUUGAAGGCUUGCAUCUUGAACAUGAGGUUAGCGUUGGGUGGCUCGUGCCGCCGUUCGCUGAAGAAAUCUGUGAAAUUCUGGCACAGAAUCAUCUCCAUAUCAAAAUCCUUGAGCAUCCUGUAGAACAACCAUACGUCAAACCAGAGAGAGACAAAUAGAGAUAGGCUCAUCGAGAUAGGGAUAGGCUCAUCGAGAUAGGGAUAGGCUCAUCGAGAUAGGGAUAGGUUCAUCGAGAUAGGGAUAGGUUCAUCGAGAUAGGGAUAGGUCAUCGAGAUAGGGAUAGGUUCAUCGAGAUAGGGAUAGGUUCAUCGAGAUAGAGAUAGGUUCAUCGAGAUAGGGAUAGGUUCAUCGAGAUAGGGACAGGUUCAUCGAGAUAGGGAUAGGUUCAUCGAGAUAGGGAUAGGUUCAUCGAGAUAGGGAUAGGUUCAGCGAAAUCGUGCUAAGUAGUGUUGCUUUUACAAACUCAAACAAUAGUACAAGCAUUGGGGAUGGUUGGUUUGCGAUUUCCGUUUACCUACGUGCCGGCAAAAAUGCAAAAUAUGUAGACCAUUUUAUGAAACUAACUCUUCCAGGAGAGGGAAGUGGACGAGAUACUCGGGAAGGUCGACCACUCCAUGCAACUUGAAGUUGUACUUUGCUCCAAACAGCGGAAGACUCUCCCUGGGGUCAAGGUCGGGGUCAAGGGUCACGGAGAAAACGUCGUUCCCAAUGUACCAACUCCCGUCCUCUCUCCUCUGAUCAGCCUCUCUCAGUCUGCGU